GGAUUCCCUGCCUGCUCUCUUCAAAGUUUAAUUGAACACUCAGAGUACACCAUAUCAGAUAUUCGGAUAUUAUUUUGUAGGAGGAUAUUAUGUAACAUAGUGAUUUAAGCAUUGGACAAUGACUCCAGAGUUUGAUUCCUCGCUCAGCCAUGCAAACCCACGGGAUAACCUUGGUCACAUACUCUCACCCCCAGAAAACUUGAGGAACACUUGAAAAAAAACCAGUAUAAUUGGAACUGCAACUUUUGGGGUGAAAUGACAGCUCACAACAAAGAAGGAAAGCCUUGUGUCAUGCCUGACUUUCUGCAUCUGAAUAAUCUGGGCUGUGAAACUGUAGGAGGAAAGAUUUUAUUUGCUACAGAUGACUUUUUUGCUCCAGCAGAAAAUCUCUUAAAGAAACCAAGGCCAGUAUUCCAUGCAGACCUAUUCACUGACUAUGGGAAGUGGAGGGAUGGAUGGGAAACCAGGAGGAGACGGAUUCCAGGUCAUGAUUGGUGUAUCAUUCAGCUAGGAGUGCCAGGUAUCAUUUACGGGAUUGAGGUGGACACAUCGUAUCUGACUGAAAACUGUGCUCCUCAGAUAUCUGUCCAAGCUGCAUGCUUGAAGCCAGAGGAGUUACCAGCACUGCAACCAAGAGGGAGCAGAAUAGGGACUGCAGCUUCAAAUGAAGAGUUGAAGGUUGCCAAGGAGAUGCGAUCAGAUGAAUGGACUUUCUUGGUUCCCAUGUCAGAAAUAAAGUCUGGAAAUCUUGAUCUUGGUCAUAACUAUUUUUCUGUGACUUCGAAGGAAAGGUGGACACAUCUAAGACUAAAUAUAUAUCCAGACGGUGGUAUUGCACGCUUAAAAAUCUAUGGCACAAUGCUGAGAGACAGGUCACUUUCUGGCCUGAAUCAUCUUAGUGAUUUGGCUGCAAUGGUGAAUGGAGGUAUCUGUGUUGGCUACAGUGAUGCUCAGUUGGGUCACCCACAAAAUAUCUUAGGAAUAGGAAGACCAAAGUCCAUGAAGGAUGGAUGGGAAACAAGAAGAAAUUUGGAAAGACCCCCAGUUUUGAAAGUUGAUGACAAAGGGGCCCUCCUUAUUCCAGGUAGUGAAUGGGCAGUCUUUCGACUGGGCCAUUCAGGUCUAAUAACCCAUAUAGAAAUAGACACUACUUAUUUCAAAGGAAAUUUUCCAGAUACCUUUAAACUUGAAGCCUGCCUUUUGAGUAUACAAGAAGAAAAAAUCUAUUUGGAACAAAAAUGGAAAUAUGGCCCUAAAUGGAAGAUUUUGCUGCCUGUAACCAAGCUUAAACCCCACAAGAGACACUUUUUUGAUGCUACCAUCAUAGAGGUGCUGGAAGCCUUUACUCAUGUGAGACUCACUCUUGUUCCGGAUGGAGGUAUAAGUAGGAUGCGUCUCUGGGGCUUUCCACGAGUUCUGUCUGACGAGAAGUAGUAGAAAUCUUCAGAGAAAAAUGCUAUACAAAACUGAAUGUGUUCCUCUUUAUGUGUAUCAUCACUUAGUUAUUCCUCCUCAUUGUUAGUUCAAACACAGUUGUUAACAAAUAACAACAUUACUGCAGUUGAAUGAAAAAAAUGCAUUUUUGCUUAUAGGCUGUCUAAUAAGGGAAGUUGUGUUAUAUGUUAAGUAGUGAUAAGAUAACCUCAUGUAUACAUAAAACAUAUAUAAGUAAUAUUGGGGGAGUGUUGUUGUCUAGGGGUGCAUCUAUGCUGUAGAAUUAAUUCAGGUUGACACCACUUUAGCCUCCAUGACUCAGUGUGAUGGAAUCCUGGCAUUUCGUGAGGUACCAGCAAUUUUUGGCCAAAAAUGCUGUAGACCUCAUGAAUCUAAAACUCUGAGGAUUCCAUAGCACUGAGCCACAGCAUUUAAAAGUGGUGUCAAACUGCAUUAACUUUAUAGUGUAGGUGCAUCCUUAGGAGACAAUUUGUUAAAAUGCGUUACUCAUAUCAAAACCUGGAAAAACAAAAUGUAUGAUCAAUAUGAUGUUAUGUGUGGAAGGAUUUAUAGCCUAUUUCUAUUAAUGCUUUGAGGUCAUUCCUGUGGAAAGUGGGAAGAAACGUACUUAUGUUAAGAAGCUUUACAGAUUCUAAUUGAAGUACAGUAAUAGCAAAGAAAUGGUUUCAUCUGGCCAGUUGGGCAUUUGAAUAUACUUGGAGUUUGUGUACUACAAUCAGUGUUUUAUUUUUUUGCCCACACUUAGGGAUGUGCUUUGCUAUGGCUUUGUGUAUAACCUUUUCCUUUAUGGAUUAUAUUAUAAUAAAGAUAUAUUUACAAGUC